AUGGUAAAGAAUGAGAGGGGGCGGGAUUUCUCUCAUCUGGCUCACCGUUGUUUGCUUCACGCAAUAAUCAGAAAAACAUCAAAGAUUCCUUCCAAAAGCAACUGCGUAAAACGUUUACGGAUAAAAGCUGGAUUUUAUAUUUAAAAGGUUAAAGAAAAUAAAGGUCCAGGAGAUUGAGAGAGCAUGGAUGCAGGGGAUGACCAGAACACGGGCUCUACCAAUGGGAAUGCGCCGUCUGCUGGGAACUCCCGCCCUCCCCAGAUAGCCCACAUGUCUCUGUAUGAGAGGCAAGCUGUGCAGGCCCUUCAGGCGCUGCAGAGACAGCCGAACGCAGCCCAGUACUUCCAGCAGCUAAUGCUGCAGCAGCAAAUCAACAGUGCCCAGCAGCUUCACAACCUGGCUGCCGUGCAACAGGCCACCCUCGCUGCUAGUCGCCAGUCCAACUCUCCCAACCACAGUGUCUCCCAAGCAACCACCACUGUCAAUCUGAGCACCACCUCUGGGGGAGGGACCAUGACCAAUACCCGCCCCCUCGGCCCUGCCACGUCAGUGACAUCAUCAGCUCUCAGCCAAUCAGUGCUGCUGGGUGGGAACUCAGCCGGACAGGGCCAGAUGUACCUGAGAGUCAACCGCUCCCUCAGGGCACCCCUCGCAGCCUCCCAGCUCAUCUUCAUGCCUGGUGGCACAGCAACGGCUGCUGUAGCAACAGUUGCACAGCAACAGCCUCAGCAACAACAGCAGCAACAGGAAGUCCAUCCCACCUCCAAUGCCCAAUCCGACAAUGACCAGGUGCAAAACCUGGCUCUCCACUGUAUCUCCACUCCCAGAGUGGCCACAGUGAAGACGGAGUUUCCAGACAGGAGAGACGCAGCCAACUAUUCUCUAAGUCAACAACAACAGCAUACUCAGCAGCAACAGCAGCAGUUCUCUCAGAACACCCAGCAGCAACAGCAACAAAUGGCCAACAAACUGACUAGCUACACUCAUCCCACUGCUCUCCCCGGUAUAAAUGUCAAGACUGGAAACCAGCUGAAUAUGGCCCCAACCGCUGCCACCUCAGUUCCUGCCUCCUCCUCCCCCUCUCCCACGCUCCCUCUCUCCCAGCUCCUCCUCUCCCCCUCAGGCCUAUGUCAGGCCCGGGCGGUAACCACGGUUACCCCUGCUGCCACGGUGACGCACAUCCUAGUCCCCACCUCCAACGUUCCUACCUCUCAGGGCUACCCCAUAGGUUCAGUCGCCCCCAAAACUAACGUCAACACCCAGACCUUGGUGGUGCAGCCACUGCAGCAGUCCAACACUAACAUGGACAAGGUGAGCCACAGCUCUGGCCCUGUGCACAUACAGCCCAAAACCUCACAGGGUCACCGCUUACCUGUCCAGCUUUCCCCACGCCACCCUCCACCUAUCCUCCCGGCUCCGCCCAACACGGGGGGCCACCACCCGCCCCAUGUCCCAGUCCAGCUGGUGGGAGCUAGGCAGGGCUCAGUAGGAAACUUCCAGGCUUUGGCACAGGCCCGAAGCUGCUGCCCCCAGGACAACGGCAUCGCUAUAGCCUCUACUGGAGGGAACACCACGGCAAAGCCUGCAAUUGGCUCAUUGAAGAGGAAGUCGGAAACUAAUGCAACCAAUGAGAUGGCAGUCGAACCUUCCCAACUUUGCUGUCCACCAAUGAGAGAUUCUGCCCCUCUAUCUCCCGCCCCCACGAUGGACUCAGCUCCUAAAGUGGUGCCAGCCUUCUCCUCUCCCCCCACCCUGUCUCUACCCCUGUCUUGGGGGGUGGGGGGUCAGGGAGAUAGAGCCCCUCUGCCCCAGGCGGUGGUCAAACCUCAGGUCCUCACCCACCUCAUAGAGGGUUUUGUCAUCCAGGAGGGAGCUGAGCCUUUCCCUGUGACUGGGCCAGUGAAGGAGCCACUAGCCAUGGGUGUUCAACAGGCUGACAAUGGAGGCCCUUCAGUGUUGAAGUGCGAGUACUGUGAGAGUUUGGCUCCAGCCAGCCAGUUCAGGGGUUCCAAGAGGUUCUGCUCCAAGACCUGCGCUAAGAGAUACAAUGUGAGCUGCAGUCAUCACUUCCAGGUCAGUAGGGGGCGAGCUUCUGCACGGCCGCCUGGUCCUCCCGUUCCCCCAGACAACAUCGUCAGACGCAGGGGUCCUCGCAGGAGUAGCUCGGAGAUCGCCUGCGCUAAAAUAGCCGGCAGACAUUUGCCUGUCAAGGAGUGUCGUUCUGAGUCCAGUCGCUCAGAGGAUGUGUCCAGUUGUGACGAGGAGGAAGAAGAUUCCCCAUCACUCUCCCCUAGCUCCUCCCUCUCCUGCCCUAGGCCCGCCCACUGCGAUCCCCAUUUGGAUGACUCAGCUCAAGGCAGCCUCCCAUUGGAUGAGGCCAACUUCCUGUCUGGGAGCCCCACCCAUUGGGGUGUGGAGGAGGUCUGCAGGUUCAUCUCUUCACUACAAGGUUGUGAGGAGCUGGCAGCCCAGUUCUUGUCCCAGGAGAUUGACGGACAGGCCCUGCUGCUACUCAGAGAAGAACACCUCAUCUCCACCAUGAACAUCAAACUAGGACCCGCCCUCAAGAUCUGUGCCUUCAUCAACAGCCUACGAGACUGACGGGGGAAGGAGGGAGGGAUGAGGAAGAGGGGUUCCAAUGAACUUCAAACUGGGACCCACACUAAAGACUUGUAUUAGUGACGUUCAAGCCUGAGACCAAGACUGAAAGGGAGGGGAAAAUGGGGAUUGAUUUUAAUCAUAAACCUCAAUCAUUUUAGAAACUAGAUAAAGAGAAGGGGGUUGAAUAUAGAUAAGAGGGGAAAUAAUUAGGAUAUGCUUUGACUUUCCUGGACAUGGAAUGUGCAAAAAAAUCUGAUAGUCUGUCUUUAGAGUUCAUGUUUGUGAGGUAAACUGACAAAGUAUGGGUGAGUUCGUGUGUGUCUGUCAGGAGAAACAUAUACUCAUUUGACACUGCAAACGUGGUCACCUACAGUAACCGUGGCUAGCUAGCUAGGACAGUUCAAACGUGGUCACCUACAGUAACCGUGGCUAGCUAGCUAGGACAGUUCAAACGUGGUCACCUACAGUAACCGUGGCUAGCUAGCUAGGACAGUUCAAACGUGGUCACCUACAGUAACCGUGGCUAGCUAGCUAGGACAGUUCAAACGUGGUCACCUACAGUAACCGUGGCUAGCUAGCUAGGACAGUUCAAACGUGGUCACCUACAGUAACCGUGGCUAGCUAGCUAGGACAGUUCAAACGUGGUCACCUACAGUAACCGUGGCUAGCUAGCUAGGACAGUUCAAACGUGGUCACCUACAGUAACCGUGGCUAGCUAGCUAGGACAGUUCAAACGUGGUCACCUACAGUAACCGUGGCUAGCUAGCUAGGACAGUUCAAACGUGGUCACCUACAGUAACCGUGGCUAGCUAGCUAGGACAGUUCAAACGUGGUCACCUACAGUAACCGUGGCUAGCUAGCUAGGACAGUUCAAACGUGGUCACCUACAGUAACCGUGGCUAGCUAGCUAGGACAGUUCAAACGUGGUCACCUACAGUAACCGUGGCUAGCUAGCUAGGACAGUUCAAACGUGGUCACCUACAGUAACCGUGGCUAGCUAGCUAGGACAGUUCAAACGUGGUCACCUACAGUAACCGUGGCUAGCUAGCUAGGACAGUUCAAACGUGGUCACCUACAGUAACCGUGGCUAGCUAGCUAGGACAGUUCAAACGUGGUCACCUACAGUAACCGUGGCUAGCUAGCUAGGACAGUUCAAACGUGGUCACCUACAGUAACCGUGGCUAGCUAGCUAGGACAGUUCAAACGUGGUCACCUACAGUAACCGUGGCUAGCUAGCUAGGACAGUUCAAGUUGCCUUUUUCUACAUUUCAACGGUGCUAUAACCAUAGUGUUAUUAUUGGAAAUGGUCCAUUUCACUUUUCUUUUUACAAAGUGGAUUUGUAAUGUUAAUGUAGAUGCCAGGCUCUAAUCAAGUGUAUGAAAGGACAUUAAAGAGCUUUAAUUAACUUUUAUUUUUUUUCACCAGAUACCAGAUUUAAAGCUUUGAUCUUUUGUACUACAAUCAAAGUUAUUAUUUUGGUGUGGAAGUUUUUCAUGGAGGGGGAUGUAGUGAGUAUUAGUAACUGACUGAACUACCUGAAUAUGGGUAUUUGUCCUGAGAGGGGAGAUACUCUGUGUAUGCAGUACUACCAAUAAACACCUGUUACUGGAACUAUGCUCUUUAGCUCUGAGUGCUGUUUGUAUAUGGCUGCUACAGACUGUCAGGGCUCUUUAACUCUGGUCCUGGAGGGUGGAAACACUUCUGUUUUUUGUUUCUACUUGGUAGUUAAUUGCACUCACCUGGUGUCCCAGGUCUGAACCAGUCCCUUAUUAGGAGAAGAGGAAAAUUAGAAAAAUUUCAGCCCUCCGGGACCGGAAUUACACUGAUCGAAAUUAUAAACACAACAUGUAAAUCUUGGUCCCAUGUUUCAUGAGCUGAAAUAAAAGAUCCCAGAAAU